AUGGUUGUAGCCGAAAAAAUGACUAAACCAAAAGUCAAAGUGUCAGUAUCGGAUUCCGAUUCAUCCAGUGGAGAAGCUGACGAAUCUGAAUACGAAAAGGAAAUUUCCGACGAAGUAGAAGAUGAAAAUAAAGAAAGUAAUGAUGAAGCAGAUGAUGAUAAUAAAGAAAGUGAUGAUGAAGAUGAACUUAUUAUAAAGAAUGAAGGUUGGGCAGAUUCAAUUGCAAAGAUUCUUGGUUCAAGCAAACCUAAAAAUAAAAAGACGUUAGUGUUAUCUCGAGCUAAGAAACUAGCAGAUGUUAUAAAGAAGGAAAAAGAAGAAAAACCAACAUUCGAAGUUGUUGAUGAAGUGGAAGAAUCUUCAGAAAAGAAACCAACAGUACCCCUUAAACAAAGUGAUUCUAUAACUGAACCCCCCACCAAAAAAAAGAAAAUAGACAGAUCAUCAGUUAGAGUGAAACCAAAUAUACUUGAAAAAGAUAGAGAAAGACUUUUAGCUAAAAUAGCUACUAAAGGUGUUGUUCAAUUGUUUAAUGCUGUGAGAAACCAGCAGAAAACCUUUGAGAAAGAAUUAAGCAAAGAUGUACCAGAAGGAAAAAAGGAAAAAAUCUUAAAGAAAUUUGACAAGAGAGCUUUCUUAGAUACACUUAUGGGCCAAUCUAAAUCAAUAGUUGUUGAGGAACAAACAAAACCCUUAAAAGAUGAAAUUAAAGCGGAAGAGAAGCCAAGAUGGAAUGCAUUACGAGAUGACUUCAUGAUGGGUGCAAAAAUGAAAGAUUGGGAUAAAGAGUCAGUAGAAGAA